CCGACGCCACAUACCUCGUCGUUCAACAUGGGCUACCUCGUCUCGCCGUACCCCUACCCCAAUGGCGCCGCAGGACCCAUUCCUGUGUCUAUGGCGAGCAAGAUGGGCCUGGCGGGGACGCAUCCGAGCGGGUUGCCCUUCUUCUGCCCCAAUGGGGACCACCUGACUCAACCACCGCCUGCUCAUAUGGGAAUUCCACCGUACGGGACGCUGGAUGCGGGUAAAGCAGCCGCGGCGGCAGGUCUGACAAGAGCACCGAUGUACCCCUUCUCCACGGGUCAAUAUCCGUACCCCAUGCUUAGCCCGGAAAUGACGCAAGUCGCCGCUUCCUGGCACACACCGAGCAUGUACCCCAUUUCCCCGGCAAGCACUGGUUUCAGAAGUCCGUAUCCCACGAGUUUGCCCAUCACAAGUUCUAGUUUACCAAGUGAUCUCUACCGGUUUUCGCCGACGGGUCUGAUGCCACCGCACCCCGGACUGAGUCCGCACGCACACGCGUUGGCGUCCCACGCAUUGGUGUCCUCGGCGCCGAAGACGGAUCAUUCCACCCUGGAUCACAAUCACAGGUCUGCGGUAGAACAGAAGAAUUCCACGUCGUUACCGACCGACAACGCGAAAGCACAGGACACAGGGCAGCAGAACAAUCAAGAUAAAAAGAAACCCCAUAUAAAAAAGCCUUUGAACGCGUUCAUGCUGUACAUGAAGGAGAUGAGGGCGAAGGUCGUGGCGGAGUGUACCUUAAAAGAGAGCGCCGCGAUCAACCAAAUAUUGGGAAGACGAUGGCACUCGCUAAGCCGGGAGGAGCAGGCGCGGUAUUAUGAGGCGGCCAGGCAGGAGCGCCAUCUCCAUCAGCAACGAUACCCCGGCUGGAGUGCCAGGGAUAACUACGGAUACGGCAGCAAGAAGAAGAAGAGGAAGAAAGAACGGUCCGCAGAUCCCACCGGAGGUAACAACAUGAAGAAGUGUCGCGCCAGGUACGGAUUAGACCAGCAAAGCCAGUGGUGCAAGCCGUGCAGACGUAAGAAGAAAUGUAUCAGAUACAUGGGGGAGGGAGGAGACGGCGACGGCGAAGCGGACGGCGAAGGCGAGGACGAUCAUUCGGAGGACAACCUCGGCAGCGUGGGGGAGGCAGGCACUCCCGAGGAGGACGAGUCCCUGAGCAGUCCCGGGGGUUUGUCCGCGUUGUCUAGUCUGGCUAGCCCGUCACUGGUGUUACCGUCGCCCUCGAGCCUGGCCAGCCCGUGUCCCUGUCCUCUGACGCCCCCGGUGCCGCCUCCGCCCCUGUCCAACCCGACCAGCCAGCCGCACAAUCAGCCGGUGCAACCGCCGCCGCCGCACCGUAACCCGGUCGGCACCAAUCCCCACGAUAUCAACAAUCCCCUUAGCGUGAACCAACUGACCGGACAGUGUAUAAAGAGUGAAGUGGUGUCGGCGCCGUCGGGCACGUCUAACCCGGCGAUCAGUGUUACGUAGCCCCGGCCGGAACCACAUGACAAGGCUGUUGCUGCCACCGCGUGUGUCGUCAACAGGGUCCGUGUACGUGUUGAACAGACGAGGUGCUGGACGAUAGGAACGGUUACUGUCGCGAUCCGGGCGAGCACGGGCACGCAGGGAGCGGCGGGGUGCUACUGGCUCUUGUUGUUGUCGUUCUUCGUUGGGAUCCUCGAGGGUUGGAAGUGCGGGCUGAGAGUGGAGCAGGAGGAUGGUACCACGAUGGAGGAGGAAACAGAGGUUUGUAGUCGGACCGAGGGAGCGGGAGGUUCGAGGUGGUCGUCGGAAGGGAAGACCGCGAGAAGAGACGGAAGAGGAUCGUCUUCGACAGUGGAAGGUGGCUUCAAUCGGCGACAGGAGGGAGGAAGCUGAGGAAAUUUGCUGGUUCCUCGGGUAAUCGUGUCCAGCCUCGAGAUGUUCGUUCGCCCGGGGCAAACCCAGUGUCCGGAGUCGACGUGAAUUGAGGGAACUGGGGUAGAAGGACGUUAUCGCGUGUAACGAACGAAAGAGUGAACGAAUAUAUGUACGGACAAAGCGAACAAACGAAUGAGAAACGAGGAAAGCGGAUGAGAAUACGAUGCAGAAAUACUCAGGACCAAGUGUCUGGCUGUAGUCACCCACUCGAGAGAGCAAGAUUGCCAGUUCGUGUGUCGGAGAACGCGAGAGGGAGAGAGUCAGUCGUGGAUGAUAGGAUUGCGUGUACCUAUGAAUGCGAGUAUCCGUGUGUGUGUGUGUGUAUGAGGGAGAGAGAGAAAGGGAGAGAGUGAAAGGGUGAGAUAUGGGUGAAAGGCGCAUACAGGGUGACGAUAAAAGUGCGCGUGACACAGCUUGUAGUCCUUGUUACGUUGUGAUGCCAAUGACUGAGAGGUCAUGUUCCUGUGCCAGGUACUAUAUUCUAUAAAGUAAUUAUACCGCAGACGUAUAACUAAAGGUAAAACGAGCAAGCAAGAACGAACGAACGAAAGGAUGAAGAAAAUGCGAUGUAUACGUGUGCGAGAGAAUGAAAGACGACGUAAGGAUGACGAGAAGCAGAAGAAGAAGCGAGCAAGAGAGACGAUGCGUCCGAACGCGAGAGAGAACGAGACGAUUUCUCGUCGUUCAUUUUAUUCGACCUCACGGUGUCAAAAUACCUAUUCUUCUGUACGUAAUUUGUUAUUUUUUUAAAAGUCUAUACACACACACACUGUGCGAUUGAUUAGCGUGUAAGGUCUCUUUUCUCUUCUUUUUGUAACCGCGAAACCGCUCACUUAGGCCCCCUUGUUUCGUCCAUCUUCACCGUUACACCCCCUCGUCCCAUUUCUCGCGGUUUUCAGCGGAAUCGCGACAGCGUGACGCGAUUGACAGUUGAGCAAACCGAACCUAUCCCAUCCCAUCUCAUCUUACCUCCAUCGCGUAAUAAUAACCAGCCAUCUAGAUCAAAUCUCAGGAAUCUUAUCCGAACUCGACGACCGGACCACGAUUUCUCCAUCGUGAACGAUCCCCUUCGAUUUUCGACCACGUUCCUCUCGCGUUAGUGUCAAUAUCCAGGGACAAGAAGCGAAAUGGAGAAGACUGGAGGAACGCGCGCGAGCACGCGCCACCCCCGCGCAUUCGAACUGUAUCGACCAAGACAAUAACGACGAGACUGUUCUGGCGUCGAACGCGCGAUCCAGAGCUUCCAUUAAAACGUGUCCAAAGGGUAGACGUGUGCUCGACUCUGUUCCUCUUCGUCGAUCGUUCACGAUCGAGGCUCCAGCCGGGUGGAGACAAGUACAGCGAACGCGUUGCAUUAUUUAUCGAGCGUCGUCCCGAUCGAGCGAAGAUCGUUUCUUCGCGCGUUCGCUUCUUCCCUUGAUUCGUUGCUCUCGCUCCUUUCCCGUCCUUGCUUUUCAUUUUCCUCCUUUUUAUUUUUUCGUUUCCACUUUUUCUUUCCUUUUUCUUUCCCUUCUGCGUAUUCGUUCUCCGAUUUUCCCGCGCCACGUGUCGCGUCGCGUCCACGAAGAACGGAAGAGCUAAUCGAGUUUGUCCCCGCGACGUCCCUCGAUUUGGGAUCGAUGAAAUGAAGAUCAACGAAGAUCAAUGGAAUUUUAUUUUUUCUUUUUGCGUUCGUUUAAUUGUCUUUUAUUUUCUUGAUUUUUUGCAAAGAACGGAAGUCGACGAUCCCCAGUCGAGGGACAAAAGAGAGUCACCUGUCGAGCGACACUCUCUCCCCCGAAAUCUUUUGAGCGUGUUUAUAGCGGAAAUUUGGAAACUCGUCGAUAUUAUUUGGUGAUUGUGAUUAUGGCGUGACUAAAUGUCUGUUCACACGGAUGGUUGGAGUUACCCCUGUGCUCCUUCCGUCCUAUUGUAAUAACGCGUUGUUUUACGUGUAAUUAAGCGGCAAUACCGUUGUUGUUGUAUAGCGGAAUGAUUAAAAGAGAAGGGAGAAAUAUUUUUAGUCGA